AUGACUACACGUAUGGGCAUACAUGUGAGUUGUUGAUUUUGUUUAUUCUCUCGACAAGUCUGAAUUUUCCCCCUAUAUCGGUCUUGCUGUCAUGUGAAAUAUUACAAGCGAUGUUAAAAUUCAAUUCUGUCGUUCUCUUAGAUGCGGCUAGUUGCUCCGACCUGAAAAUUGUUCGCGAAGCUACUGGUGCAGUCACGAUAUUCUUUGCUCUUUUCACCAUCGUCAGUUUUGUGGGAUCAAUUUAUGGCUGCAUUGGAACUUGCUGUGCACGACGGGUAAAUUAUGCUUGGUAUAUAGACAUCUAUUUAAUUAAAGUAAUAUGUCAAAUUCGACUAUACGAGGACUGGACUAUAUUUCAAGUCCGCACAAUUGCAUCAAAAUGCGAGGACAUGAAAUCUAGUCCAGUCCGAAUUGAAAGAUUUGAAAUGACAUCUCAUAUACAAAUAAGUCACUACUUAAAGUGCAGAGGUGAACAAUUUUGAUCCACCCAGUCGAAGACUGAAUUAAUUUUGAUAUCCAGUCCUAGGACUGGAUCAAUGUACUUCAUGAGGUAUCCAGUAUUAUCAUGUGACCAAAAUAAAGCAAUAUAUUUGGUUGGCUAAUUUACUCAUGAAUUAUUAAUGAGUUUGACCCCAACCGAUUAACUUAAUAAUAUUCCUGGUUAAAUUAAAUUGCCCCCGACAGUUAGGGUCCCCAUCAGCCACGACCUAUCGCCCAGAAAAUUAGAAAACGUAUAAAAUGCAGGUUAAGAAUCGAUGGGAAAAUGCAAAAUUAAUAAUGCCAAAUAAUAAAGCCUCCAUCGACAAUUUUUUAUUCCAUCUCCAAAUAAAGCAAAAGUUAUUCUUAUUAGUUGUUACAUGUUUUGGAGACUGUUUUGUCUAUAGACAGGGAAUUUUUCAGAACAUUCUAUAAAUAUUCAAUGUAAAUAUAUAUAAUAUCUCAGUCAAACAGUGACAACAGCCAACAGCCAACAGGGACCCCCGCACCGAAUAUGCCUAAGCCCUCUUCUUCCGUUACAAAUCUGAAUUGUUUUUUUUUGUUUUUUUUUUGUUUUGGUUUUUAAAAUUAGACCAAGGCCCCGCUUCCGAUGGCCUUGGCUGGCUAUUUUAAUAUUUUUCUAUUGCAGUCUAGUUAAUUUGACCAAGACUUCCUGGUUAAACUAACCAGACUAUGUUAGGCUAGGUGGAUAAAUGGUCUGGUUUCUUGCACUUCACUUGGUGGUGUUAAUAUUAGAAUGCUGUUUUUUAGGAUUUGUAAUCCAAGUGAGUAUAUAUACACUUUAAGACCUGACCAGGAACGACUGCGAAAAAUGCAGCACAAGGUCCUCUGGUAGGAAUUGAACUUGUGCUGCAUUUUUCGCAGUCGUUCCUGGUCAGGUCUUAAAAUGUAUAUAUUCUCACUUGGAUUACAAACCCUAACACUCCUAACAUUCUAAUAUUAACACCACCAAGUGAAGUGCAAGAAACCAGUUCAUUGAAGUCCACCUUAUCACAACCCGCACACCCGAUCACCUAUAUAUACAUGAACUUACGGUUAGAGCUCAACAGCUGGCCUCUGUAGCUCAGUUGGUUAGAGCACUGCACCGGAAUCGCAGGGCCGUAGGUUCAAAUUCCCACCAGAGGACCUUGUGCUGCAUUUUUCGCAGUCGUUCCUGAAAAGGUCUUAAAGUGUAUGUAAUUAUACUCACUUGGAUUACAAACCCUAAAAAACCAGCAUUCUAAUAGGUGGAUAUAUAUAUAUAUAUAUAUAUAGGGGCAACAUAGUCUGCAUGCAUGGUUACUUUAACAUGCCAGAACGUCUUGGUCAAAUAUAACCAGAUUCCUGGUUUCAACAAAGUGAGAUAAAGUAUAACCAGGAAUUUAACAAGAAAUAUCAAGUUAACCCAAAUAGAGUUAUUUCUGAGUUAACCUCGCAAUUUUAACACGAGUGAUUUUAAAGUGUAAAUAGAAGAAAUAUGGUUUUUCACAAAAACAACAUAUCUUUGUUCUUAAUAGGAACCAACUUUUAUCGUCACAACAGGUCAACAACCCAAUACAAUAUUGAUUACCGCAACACAAGGACGCUCGGCUUGCAACCAGCAGCCACCAGCAAAUACAGUGGUGAUGACCACACAAGCAUACCCGGCCUACAGCCAACAGCCACCACCUUAUGAUCAACCUGCUGGUCAAGGUCAAAUGGUCGUCGAUAGCAAAGCUUAUUGA